ACCAUACUGUGCUCAUGUAAAGUUUUGUCAUUUGUACACAGUGUAUCUGUUUGUUGCAUGUUUUUUCCUGUCUUCUCAGCCACAAGCCUAUUUAGCAGUGCAGGUGUUCGCUCUCUCAAACCUGCUUUCCUGUCACAAUGAAGAGCUACCUACACAUAGUCGCCUUCAUAAUCCUGAACUUCUCAACAGACUGUGGAGCUUGGGUCCAUGUGGUUUACAAGUCAAUAGGAGAAAUAGCACAUCUCACGUUGAAAGACCCCCCGAAUAUUUCAACAAUCAAAUGGAGGAAGGAUUCUAACCUGAUUGCAAUUGUAGAAAACAAAAGGCAGAGUACAAAGUUUACAAAAAAAUAUCAUAUACAUGUUUCUGACAACUCUUUGUUUAUCCAUAAUUUGACGCUGGAGGACUCUGGAUAUUAUAAAGCUCAAACUGGACAAUGGGAAGAAGAUGUAAUCCAGUACAAACUGAUAGUACAGGAGGCCGUCUCAAAACCAGUGAUCACUGUUAAUCACCAGAUAAACAACUCAUCCGUUUGCUACAUCUUGGUAACAUGUUCUGCUGAUGGCGACUCGGUGAUGUACAACUGUGAUCAUCAGCACUGCACUCUGACAAAUGCUACAUCCAAUACAGUGAACUUGACUGUCAGCUAUACAGAAGCAGAGGUGUUGGAAUGCACAGCCAGCAACCGUGUGAGCACGAAACAGACAUCAAUACACAAGAUUAACACAUGUCCUGAAAAAUCACUACUCACAACAACAAUCAUUUUUAUAAUAAGCAUAGCAGUGUUUGCUGUUCUGCUUAUCUGCAUUAUCUUUUUUACAAUACCAGAAAGAAGAAGAAAUAAAAACAGGGAAACUGGAGCCAAGGUGAAUCGUGGACUGGAUCUUUCACAGGGCACAGUCACACGGACAUCGACACACUCUGGACGAUAUAGAGAUGCCAAUCAGCCUGCAACACAUGUCUUUGGGGGCAUAAGGGACCAAACUUUGGGAAAAAUGGGAAAAAAACAUCUCCCCUACCAUCAUACAAACUAAAUUUGAUUAAUACAUUUAUUAAAUAUCUACAUUUCUUUUACUUUAAAGGUACAGAAUGUUUUUAAAUGUUUUAAAGUGGGUUGAUGGGUUGUUUUAAAAUAAAUGAACAUAAACCCACAUGAUUUCAAAAAUUCACUUUUUGUAAUUAUAUAUUUUUAAGUAAUGAUCAGUAAUGUCUCAUAUGAUAUUAUGAUAUUGUCAGUCGUAAUAUAUGGUGAUAAUUUAUAAUGAUAGAAACAUUUAUUUUGCUUUUAUGUAUGUGUAAAUACUAUAACAUUGCAACUAGAAGAACAGUUUUAGCAGUUUUUUAGACUGGUAGCCCACCUACUUCCUCUUCAGUUGGCUGCUGAUAGACCACAAACAUGCAACACACAAAUCUUUCACUUUAAACUUUCAAUCUUUUUGUAAUCCUUUAAACUGUAAUCUUUUGUAAUCUGGUUAGUUUAUGCAAAUUAACCAACUCAAACAUAUAAACUUCAUGACAUAUCAGUGAAUCCUAAAUAUAAAAGAUUUUCUAUAUAUUAGUAUAUAGAAAAAUAAAUAGCAAAAAAUCUCUAUACAUUUCUAUACAUUAGCUUUCUAUACAUAAUGUUUAACACUGCAAAUAGGCAAAACAGUGGGAACCAGGAUAGCAGUCUCUGUGUUCAUGAUGUUUUCUGAGUGGAUAUAUAAAGUCAAUUGGGCACAUUCAAUGUGUGAAUAAAAAGAAAAAUAUGGACAAAC